AGUGAAGUAAACUAAAGAAAAAGUAAAGUUCAAGCUCACACGUGAUUGGGCGUCAAAAGCAAUCAAUUUACCCCUGUCGUUUUAGCGUGAUUUCUAGAAACGCGCAUCAGGUCCCGCGAUUGUCAAUUUUGAAGAUCGAAUAAAAAGAAAUCAACAACAACAAUAUAGCAUCUUACAAUACACAGAUACACAACAACAUACUUCAAUCGUUAAUUAUUAGGAAGGUAUUUUUCAAUUACUGCACUUUGCUAUCUGUCACAAAUCUUGCUGUGCAUGUGGAUUGGCAUUUCAAGAUGGCUGAAGUCGAAGGUGGCGCUGCUCCCCUUCCCAUAUUUGAUAGUUGCAACAUCACUAUCAUUGUGAGCAAAGAGCUUCCGCUCACGCAGGCGGAACAGGUUUGUCUUGUUCCAACAACUUGUAAUGUUCUGUCCGCGUACUGACUUAAACUUGCAGUUAAGAGACAUUCUUGAGGAUAAUGGAGCUUCAGCAGAAUUUAAAAACCGAGACGAUGGCAUAAGGUUAGAGGAGUUCACUCAUAUAGUCUCUACCACAACCGACUUUGCAUCUUACAAUGAGGCGAGCCUUUUGCUAGUACCAGUUGUUACGCCCGGUUGGGUAACACAAUCUCUCAGCAGACGCAGACAAGCUCCUAUACGCCCUUACACACCCGACGAACGACUUAUCUUCUCCAAUGUCAACCUUACAUGCGCAGACAUCCCACAAGGUGAUAAAGUUGCGAUAAUUGGUGCGACAUGCGCUAUGGGUGGAAUGGAGAGCAAUAGCUUGACCAAAUUGGUAACGCACAUUUGCGCCCUUAGCAUGGAUCAUCCCAAAUGUCAGACGGCCAAGGAGAAAAAUAUGAAGUGCAAAAUUGUGCUUCCACAGUGGUGAGUGUUACCACUUUGCACAUUUUCUCAACUAAUCGAAAAUAGGUUCGAUGACUGCUUGAAAUUAGGAAGACGCAUAGACGAACGGCCAUAUUUGCUCCCGAAUCCUGAAAUCUUUCACGUGCAUCCCGAAGAUAAUCUGCCAAUACCUCCCUCCACAGGACUUACAGGUGCUACUGCGGCGCAUCCUGAUAUGCUCGAGACCCCAACAGCUUCUCCUAUACAACGUGAUCUUGAUGUGUUCAAAGGGAAAAAAGUAAUGUUGUCUAAAGACCUGGACCUUGGAAGCCGACUUACCGGAUUGCUUUCACGUCUUAUCGAGCAUGGGAAAGGCACAAUGACAAUCUCAGUACGUCAGGCUGAUAUCUUUGUCUGUAAUUACCGAGAGGGUAGGAAUUAUGUCAUAGCCUCCCGAUCAGCUUCAACCCAUGUGGGUAAUCUCUCUUGGCUUUACUACUUGAUUGCCCACAACACAUGGACAAAUCCGACUAGGAGGCUUCUUCAUUAUCCUAUGCCGAAAGGAGGGCUACCGGGUUUCGAAAGGUAUAAGAUAACUCUCUCCAAUUAUGGUGGAGAGGCACGUAUCUACCUUGAGAACCUGGUAAAUGCUGCUGGUGGGGAGUUCACAAAAAGCAUGAAGCAGGAUAACACACAUCUUAUCACGGCUCGAAAGACGAGUGAAAAGUGCAAUGCUGCCGCCGAAUGGAAUAUUGAUAUGGUAAAUCAUCUUUGGCUUGAAGAAAGUUAUGCCAAGUGCGAGGUUCAAAAAUUGACUGAUCCUCGUUAUAUCCACUUUCCUCCAAGAACAAAUCUUGGUGAGGUUAUUGGCCAAACUCAGUUUGACCUAAAGGCUCUGGAGAAAAAAUACUAUCCUAGGGAUCUAACUCCUGGUCCAAACAGUCCAAAGCCCCCGAAAAUGAAGAAUUUGACAAUUCAAGACCGAGAUGAAGAUCACGACAUGGACGGGGAAACUGAAGGUGAGGAAGCAGGAGUAAUUGCGCCUCCUCCGAAACCCAAAGCCAAAAGCAAACGAACUUCUACAAACUCUACAAACUCUACAAAUGUUCUUUCGACACCUGCCGGUAAGAAGCGCACAUCCUUGGGCAAAGAAAAUGAUACCCCUUCGUCGACUAGCAGCCGAAGUGCUAAAGACAAAGCAAUACAUGCCCUUCAUCAUCUUGCUCCUGAUAUUGCCCAGUACGAAUUGGAAAAGAAAAGAAAAGGGCACGUCUUCGGUGGUGAUCGAGCGGCCAAUAGGAUUGAGAAGGAGCGAGAGUUACAACGCAACUCGAGUCCAGUUGUAAAACACCAACAGGAUGAAGAGGAAAGUGACAGUGAGAGUGAGGAGACUGAUGUUCGUCCACAAAAAAGGGCAAAAACUAUGAUAAAACCAGAGGUCCAAGUUCGUAUGCUUAUUACUGGUUACAAGGUUUGGGCCACGGAGGCAUCUAAGGAGGAAACAGAUACUGUAAGUUGGCCUAUCUACUUGGUCGCCGUUGUUCUAACAAUCAACAGAAAAAGCUACGUAACCUUGGUAUUGCCGUGUGGAAUAAUUAUGGCAAAGUCGACAUUAUGGCUGCUCCCAAAAUGGUUCGAACUAGGAAAUUCCUCGUUGGUCUUGCACAUGGACCUACCGUUGUAUCAGAUAAAUACAUCGAGGCUUGUAUCAAGGCAGGGAAGAAGUUGGAUGUUGAAGACUUUCCAUUAGAGGAUACAGAAAACGAGAAGAAGCAUAAAAUCAAGUUGAAGGAUGCUUUGAGCCGAGCUAAAGUUAACAAAGGUCGACUCCUAAAUACAGUUCCAAUAUAUUGUACUACAGACAUCGACAAUGGGGUCGAAACUUACAAGGAUAUUGCAGAAGUCAACGGAGCUACUUUCGGCGUGUAUAAAGGACGCCCAACGAUUAAACCCACCAGACCAGAAGAUGAUGAUGGACCUCCUGAACCCGUCUACUUAAUCAGCAGCGACAAAAAAUCCGAGCAAGCUCUCUACUCUAAAUUCGAAGAAAUGGCCAAGGCGGGAAAUAUGGAGCCAAGAAUCGUCAAGGUCGAAUGGUUGUUAGAUAUUGCUAUGUCUCAACAAAUUAAGUGGGAUAAAAAGUACUUGCUAAAGCGGUAGUAUCUGAGGUCAAAAGACUUCAUUUGAUCAAUGUUAUUGCUGGCGCUUGAGGGAAUAGAUGCGAUGUACUCAUAUACCUUUUUAGUUUUUGGUCUGACAAAGCACCAUACAAAAGAAACGAUGUUCUUUGCAGACGGGUUGGAUCUUGGGAGCUUGAUAUUGAUGUGUAAUGUAGAAAGGGUUG